UUAUUUAAAUGCUCACAUGGUUUCCUCCCGUGAAUGAGAUAAAAGUGCAAACAUGGCGGCGUGAAACUGUACAAACUAGCUCGGAUGGAGGAGCGUUAAUUAAAACAGCUCGAAAGUUUCUAGUUUUUUUUUCGUCGUGAGCACGGAGCUGUUUUUGGAUGUCCUCGUUCCACGCCGUUUAGAAGGACAGAAGUGCAGAGGAGAAAACACUGGACCGGACCAUCGACUCAAAACAAUAAGGCUCGAAAAGAAAGUGGACUGAAAUGAACGGGGACGUCAUAUGCAACGGACACUCGCCAUUUCACCGUCUCCUACAACACAGUAGCUCCAAAUCACAGCAUCAUGAAUCUAUCGCAGUCAAACUCAUCCAGGACGGCAAAACUUCACGAUUAUUCUGCACACAAAAUGAGCCACAGAAGCACGGAGACUCCAGGAGAGGCAGUACUGUAAAUGGUGAGUUCAUCCUCCCAAAAAUGGCUGUGAAUGAAGAGCUGCAGCACUCGGUGCACAGGGCCGAGGAGCAGACACGUCAACUGCACUGCACUGCAUCGUACAUCCACGCCAGCAGUGACAUCACUUCCCCCAGUCAGAGGAAACGAGCCUGCCGCAAAGUGAAAGUUAAGAAAACCACACCCAGAAUUGCUAACAACAAGAGCCCUCAAAGCCGAAAGGUUACAGAUUAUUAUCCCAUAAGAAGAAGCUCCAGAAAAAGCAAAAGUGAACUGAAGUGUGAAGAGAAGAGGCACAUAGACAUGCUGAUCACAAAUGGGAUUGAAAAUGGAAUGAUGGUCAGAUACAUUGAAGGAAAGGGCAGGGGAGUUUUCGCCACCCAGAAGUUCCAGAAAGGGCAGUAUGUAGUGGAGUAUCAUGGAGAUCUUCUGCAGAUAACGGACGCCAAAAGGGAGGCUUUAUACGCACAAGAUCCAACCACUGGCUGCUACAUGUAUUACUUCCAGUAUCUCAGCAAAACAUAUUGUGUGGACGCAACGAAGGAGUCGGAUCGAUUGGGAAGACUCAUCAACCACAGUAAAAACGGCAACUGUCAAACCAAACUCCAUGAUAUUAAUGGAAUACCUCACCUUAUCCUCGUGGCCUCCAGAGACAUCCAGGAAGGAGAAGAACUUCUUUACGACUACGGCGACCGCAGUAAAGCUUCGAUAGAAGCUCACCCGUGGCUGAAGCAUUAAUGUACUGAGAGGAGGGAAAAACACCUUGUUUCUUAACUAGACCGUUUUUAAUGUAAUUAUUGCCUUAGUAAACAGAAUGUUUUGGGCUAGUAGGUGUAUGGGUAUGUCACACAGUGACUUACAUGUCAAACCCCUUAGAUUGCGGUACGUAUUCGACGUGUCCUACUUUUAAGAUAUUUAUCCUGCUCUAUGACAUGCUAGUUUUGGCACAUUUCUUUUUGUAUAUUUUAUAUAUUGGUAGAUCAGUGCUUCCAAAGCAUGCAGUUAUAGUCCAACUUUCUGCAUUUUUAUAAGAGUUUUCUUAAUCUAAUCUAAUGUAAGGUAGUUAGAGGCUUAGCAAUAAUUAUUUAUAAUGCCCAAACGUUUAUGUUUGAAGCAGGAAGGCGGCGAUGCUAAAAGGAGUGACGUUUUAAAAGGUGCAGAAAACUGGAAUGUGAAACCAAACUUUGAUAUCAUUUGAAAUGUUACUGUCGUACAAUGCUGAGUGUGUCGUGAUUAACCUGAACAAAACUGUACCUGUUACAUAAAAACUGAGUGUUGAUGACCAAAAGCUCUGACUGAGAGUGUUCCAAUCAAUCUGUAGGAGAUGGUAGAUGCAUUGUUUAAAUAAAUGAUUUUAUGCAA